AUGUGGAGUAACUGGGGUGACGUCAAGAGGAAAAUCAAGGACAUUGCUGCCGAGAUCACUCAGCCACUCGAUGAGGAGUCGGAGGAUGCCCAUGAGAAGGAACAACCUUCCGGCGGGGGAAGAAGUAGGCCACUGCGGGAGGAGCCGCGUCCGAUGUCGCAUGCGGCACCGCACAGUUCUCGGCUCCUAACAGUGAAGAACGACUCGAUUUACGACCAUAGCGGCAGUUUAUCGACGUCACGAUUAGGGGGAUACACCGCCCCACCGGUUCGUCAAGCAGCCCCAUCGGAUAUUAGCACGACGCCACCAUCACGUCUUAACAACUCCAGCGUACAUGAGGAGAGUGUUGAGCGGAGUCGAAUUUCUUCUACCGCAACUGUGGAUAAGACGUUAUCAACGCCUUGUAAAGAAUCUGAAAUGGGAACAGCGGCGGCAACAACAUCCCCAGCAGGAACAAAAAACGGUGGCGAGGCGAAGCAAAACAAGGAGGAAUAUAUUGAGAAAUUGGAACAGCAGGUACGGCGAUUGUCGGAGGCUAAAUUUCAGAUUGAACAACAGGUUUUUGCGUACCAGGAAAAAGUGAGGGAAUCACAUAAAAAGACCGUGGAGUAUUAUGAACAAAAAAUGGCGACGCUUCAGCAUGGAAUAAGCUCGGAAAAGGCUCUAAAGGAAGAAUUUGCAGAAAAACUUUCGCAGCGCGAAAAGGAUUGUCAAGAACUUCAGAGUGAAGUUCAAGAACUGCGUGAACAGGUAAAGAAAUUUGAUGAUGAGGCCACCAUUAUAAAAAUAUUGCAUGAUGAGAUGAAAAAAACGUUAGCUGAUCGGGAAGAGGAAUGCUUGGAAAAGAGACGGCAGAUCGAAUCGUUGCAGGAGCUACACGAUGCUUUAUUGGAACGCGUUGAGCGUGAGAAACAAAAUAAAGACAAAACUCCAAUGGAGUCUGUCCCUAUUGCUCAUUCAGAUGCUCAUGUUAGCAGUCACGUUGCAUCGGGAUUGGUGGUGGGGGAUUCGUCAGUGGCGGAACUCCGUCGGCGCGUUGAGGCGCUGGAAGAGGAAAAAGUUCUCAUGUUGCGUGAGAAGGAGCAAAUGACGGCGUUGCUACUAGAAGAGCGGCGCAUCCACCGCGUCACAGUGAAGGAAAGAGAGCAGAUAUUGUCUCACGACCGGGAGCAGGCGCAGCGACUGGCGGCACUGGUUCAGCGACUUGAGAAUGAGCGGCAGCAGGAGCGACAAAACGACAGGGAGGAGGAAGAGAAACGAGGGAAGAUGUUGACGCAGCAGGAGGAGGCGGCGCCGGGGAAUGGGAUGGAAAUGGAAAGGGCCGCCGCGAGGAAUCGUGAGGAGCUGGAAAAGCUGACAUCUUCUUUGGAGAAGGAAAUUGUCGCGUUGCGGUCGCAGUUGGAGACGAACAAACAUGAAGGUGAGGAGGCCGUCCACCGCGUGAAGGCGGCGCUAAGCGAAGAACACGCGCGUAACAUGGCAGCGUUUGUGUCACAAGAGGAGCAAAGGACACGUGAAACGAUUGAAAAACUCCAACGCGAAUUGCAGGACGCCCAGCAGCACGGGAUUGAAUUAGAAAGACGACGGGAGAAGCUGUGGGAGGAAGUGCAGCAGCUUAAAGACCGCCUCAAGCAGGCGCACUCCGACGCAGAGACGCUCUCAAACAAGUUGAUUGUAGCCGAAACACAAGUGGAGGAGCUGCAGUUUAGUUUGCAGGAGGCGCGGCAUGCAACGGAGGGAAAUGAGGCUUCCCUUGUCUGCGCUCUCACAGCCCGAAAGAAGGAGCUGGAGACGACAAGUGCGCGACAAAAGGAGCUUUUGCAGCAGCUGGAGCACACCAUCACGGAUUGCCUUGUGCGCACAGACACAGAUUUGCCGCCGCCGCGUGAGGGCGUCGGGGCGUCUUUUUCGGAUAAAGUCAUUCUUCUUGUGAGUGAGUUUAACCGCCUCUUUAGUGAAAAUCAAAAAGCAGCGCAGCUGCAGAAGGAGUGGGAACGAACCUAUGAGCAGGCGCGAGGAGUGAAUGGGACACUUUCUCAGCAGGUGAGCGAGGCCUGGAAAACCAUUGGAGUCUUACGGGAGGACCUUUCCAUCCGGGAUCAGUCCUUUGCAAAGCUGAAACAACAACUUCAGGCGGAGUCGCAGCAGCGCCAUGAUGCACAACACACUCUGACGGUUAUAACAAAUGAACUCCAUGGCCUCAAGGAGGAAAAAAGGGCAUGGGAAACACGCAUAGGUCUCUCCAGUGAUGGAAAGGCAAAUCAUCAGGAACAGCUAAACGCGUUGGAGGCGGAUGUUGAGACACUGCGAAGGAACCUGCUUGAUCGGGAGGAGGAAUUGUCGCAGGCGCAAAGUAGUUUGGAGACACUCCAGCAGGUGCUUGAUACCUUCACACAGAACAAAACACGUGAUGUGGAAGAGCGGACAGCCGACAUGCAAAUUGAGAUUGAUCAGCUGCGGACGCAAUUGUUAGAGGCUGAGAAGCGACAACACCACCAUCAGGCGGACAUUGACGCACUGGCCGCAGGCCACAUGCGAGAAAUUGCGGCAAAGAAUGCGGAAAUUACUUCACUUCAUCGAAAACACGCCGAAAUUAGAAAGGCACUGGAUGAGACGGCGCGGCAGUUAAAUGGGACGACCAUGAUUGACAAACGCGUCAUUAGUCACCUUACGGUGAAUUUUAUUCAUGCAUUUGUGGGUAAGCGACGUGAGGCAGAUGAGAUGCUGAAGGUUUUAAGUGGCCUGCUGAACUGGGACGAGGAGAUGCAAGAAAAGGCGGGUCUGUUGCCCGGUCCUAGCAAUCCAAAGCCCGGCCAUCAGAGAAAAGGUGGUGGACUCAUUGGAGGCCUUGUGAAAACUGUCUGGGGAGGUCCUGGCCGUGGAGCGAGACAGGAAGGUGGUGACAGUGGCACGUCGCCAAGUAUUGCGGAGUUGUGGGUGGAGUUUUUAAUGCGAGAAAGCGAGGCGGGAACAAUUCAGGGGGAUGCGGCGUCGGUGAAUACCACUUCCAAUGCUUCCACUCUGCAAAUUGAGGAUGUCAUUGUUACGGAAGGAGAUGGCAGUGGCGUUAAGUCACUCACGGUUUAA